CAGCCUGACCUGCGAGCGUGUGAGCAGCGGUUCCCAUGGGCUGCUGGGUGGGCGCCAGCCAGCGCUGAGCUCAGAGUUUCCAUCAGGAGCACUCGCUUCCCACGACAGCAGCAGCAGGGAGCACAGCCCUGUCCUCCCAUGGUCCCAGCAGGCAGCACUGGGAAGUUGCUUCUGCUCACUCUUGGCAGGAUGUGUGACGACACUGGAUUUUGGAAAGGGAAAGGGGGGAAAAGGGGGGAGAAGGGGGACAAGCAUUGCUGCAGGGUUCUGAUGGAAAGGAUGGGGUAUCCUAUCAAAUAAAGUAGGGGGGCUGCUGCCCCCCCCCCAAGACAGCAGCCACCCCUCUGCGCAUGCAUUAAGGCAAUGCUGGAAAAGCCAGCCUGGUCUGUGCCAGCUCUCCCUGGGGACUUGCGUCUCUGUGCAGCCUCUGCAACUGGGGAGGAGCACAGCCACAGGGGCGCCAAGAGCAGAACAUCUCAGGGCCAGGGCUCACAGGUCCAGGGAACACCAGUGCCUGUGGGAGCAACGGGACAGGCACUGUGCAGGACCCCGGCUCAGGACCCAUCCCCGUCCUGCAGAGCCAGCGAGAAGCUGAGUCCUUAUGGCACAGGAUGGCACCAGGGCGAGGGGCUGCUUCUGGCUGCAGGGCACGGGGGGUGUGCAUGGCCACCCAGACUGCGCUCUGCAAGGCAGCGGCGGGGCACCGACAGCUGGUGCUGCAACUGGGGAGCAGCGCUGAUGGCCCCCAGCUGCGCGAGGAGCGGCACAGGAGGAGCGCGGAGGUGCGGGAGCUCAGUGUUGGGCUGCAGAGCGCACUGCUGGCGUGGCUGCGGCAGGCAGCGGGCCCUCAGGAGCGGCGAGAGCUGGAGCGGCUGUGGGUGCUCUUCCUCUCUGCCCUGGAGCUUUUCCUGCAGGACCUGUGCUGCGCCCACCACCUCUGCAGCAUCUUCUCCCCAGGGGUGGGUGGUGUGACCCCACUGCGCACUGGGCUGGGGGGGUGGCGAGGUGGGAGUCCUGAGCUGCCCCCAGCCCCCCCAUGCCUGGAGGAGGAGAUGGAGCAGGUGAAGGCAAUGCUGGUGGAGAUGGAGAGCACGGCCAACAUCCCACUAUGGACAGUGGAAUCCAUGCAUGUGGUGGGGCCAGGGGAGGGCACAGCCCCCGUGUCCUGCAGGCCAGGGCCUGGCACUGAGUCUUGCUGCAGGGUGCUGUGAGCUGCGGGCAGGAAAUGCAGGGUUGACUUGGCUCAGGAGGAUGGGACCCCAUGUGCCCCGAGAGCUUCUCCUGCAGGGCAGUAAUAAAGCCCCACACUACCUGA